GAUGUCCUGUCGGUCUUUCAGGAUCGAAGAAUGUGAUCGCCUCGGGUCUACGUCAUGGAGCAUGUAUGUGAUGAGCAACCUCUUGAUGGUGCCCGUGGUGGUUCAUCCGUUGCCGCUUUCCCAAGGCAACUCCCGCAACACGAACGUCCGCCCGCCCGUCCAUCCACCGCUCGCACGACGGAGAACCCGCCCGUUUCGUCCAUUGCGAAACAGCUUCCGUCACGACAUCGCGCUUGUGCUUAACACACCUGCUACUACCUGCCAUCUUUGUAAGGAAGUACAAGGGCUUUGAAGAUUCUGGACUGCGGCUGAAAUCUCAAUGGACUACUGUAUGAGGUAGCUGAAAUAUACCAGAACAUCCCCUCCGAAGGUUUGCCAGGAAUCUGACGGCCUGAGAGGGAGGGAGGCCCCAUCCGCCUUGUGCAAACUCUGUCGGUAGGACCUGUAGGC